AUGUUAGGUGUUAUAAGACGCAGAGUCGCAUGUGGAGGCUCCUCGUCUUCGAUUCUAGGAAAGUCAUUGCAUACAAUUCGGCCUGCUGUGUCCACACCUAGAAUUUGCUCUGCUUCUGGGGAAGAUAUUUUAGUACAUCCAAGAGGAAUAGGUCAUGUUCAGAAUUUCUGUCACCUAAUUUUACCUGGUCGGUUGAUGAGUUUGAGGUCUACAAGGGAAGUUGUGGCCAGUUGUCAACAAGAUGUCUCCAUGCAAAUCCGAAGCAGGCCAUUCUGUUCAAACAAUGGUGACCUAGUUGAAGCCGUUGUCCCCUUUAUGGGUGAAUCUAUAACUGAUGGCACUUUGGCGCAAUUCUUGAAGAAUCCCGGUGAUAGAGUGGAAGUUGAUGAGCCAAUUGCUCAAGUUGAAACAGAUAAGGUGACCAUUGAUGUUUCCAGUCCUGAAGCGGGUGUCAUCCAAAAGUUUAUAGCCAAGGAAGGAGAAACUGUGGAACCGGGUACUAAGAUUGCUGUCAUUUCAAAAUCUGGUGAAGGUGUGACUGUGACCCAUGCUGCUCCAUCUGAGAAGCGAUCUGAAAAAGCUGCUUCUCAGCCAACUCCCCUUGCUGAAGAGAAAAAGGAUGAGAAGCAAAAGCCUAAAGUUGAAACUACUCCUGUCAUAGAGAAGCCUAAGGAAACUUCUCCUUCUCCUCCUAAACGCUCUGCUACUGAACCUCAGCUCCCCCCUAAAGAAAGAGAAAGACGCGUUCCUAUGACAAGGCUCAGAAAACGAGUUGCCACGCGUCUUAAAGAUUCUCAAAACACAUUUGCUUUGUUGACGACAUUCAAUGAAGUGGAUAUGACUAAUUUGAUGAAACUUCGUUCUGAGUACAAGGACGCCUUUGUGGAAAAGCAUGGAGUCAAGCUGGGACUUAUGUCAGGAUUUGUGAAAGCUGCUGUUAGUGGGCUCCAGAAUCAGCCCAUUAUCAAUGCGGUAAUAGAUGGGGAUGAUAUCAUUUAUAGAGACUAUAUUGAUAUCAGCAUCGCUGUUGGCACUUCAAAGGGCCUUGUUGUUCCAGUUAUCCGUAAUGCUGAUAAGAUGAAUUUUGCUGAGAUAGAGAAGGAAAUCAACACCCUUGCUAAGAAGGCAAAUGAUGGAUCCAUAUCUAUUGACGAGAUGGCUGGAGGUUCAUUCACUAUAUCUAAUGGUGGUGUUUAUGGAAGCCUUUUGAGUACCCCCAUCAUCAACCCCCCUCAGUCUGCAAUCCUGGGUAUGCACUCAAUAGUCUCCCGUCCGAUGGUUGUUGGGGGCAACAUAGUUCCAAGACCAAUGAUGUACAUUGCCCUCACAUAUGACCAUAGGCUGAUUGAUGGCAGAGAGGCAGUGUUCUUCUUGAGAAGAAUCAAGGACGUGGUGGAAGACCCACGGAGGCUGCUCCUUGAUAUAUGA